CGCUCGAUUGGGGAUUUGGGGAGAUGGGUAACAAUUUUAUCUGCAUGAAGAAGAAGGACAGCGGAGGAGGAGAUGGAUCCAGAAGCAAGAGGCUCAAUCGCUCACAGAGAAAAUUGCUUGCCGAGGAAGAUAUGUUGCACCGACGGGCCCUGUCCAUGGCGAUUCAUCAGGCUCAGCUUUCUCAGAGAUUCGACGGAUCCGUGUCCAGACGGGUCGGGUCCACCGGCUCCAGGAGACGGAACCUCUCUAACCCGUUUUCCGGUGGGAAACAAAAACAGGUAGAGGAGUUCUUGGAGAGCUUGAAAGUGAAGAAUUUCAUCCUGGUUCACGGCGAGAGGUUCGGGGCAUGGUGUUGGUACAAAACUAUUGCUUCACUGGAGGAAUCGGGACUCUCGGUAACUGCACUCGACCUCGCAGGAUCCGGAUUCAAUUUAAAAGACACAAACAGUGUCUUGACGGUGGAAGAAUAUUCGACACCGUUGACCGAGCAUCUUGAAAAUCUUCCGGAGGGAGAAAAGGUUAUUCUCGUGGGUCAUAGUACCGGAGGAGCUUGCAUUUCCUACGCGUUAGAGAGAUUUCCCGAGAAAAUAUCGAAAGCGAUAUUCAUUUGCGGGACGAUGGUUUCUGAUGACCAAAGGCCUUUCGACCCCUUUGCUGAAGAGCUCGGUUCAGCGGAGCGGUUUAUGAAAGAGUCGCAGUUCUUGAUCUAUGGUAACGGCGAAGACAAUCCUCCGACAGGGUUCAUGUUCGAGAAACAACACAUGAAAGGCUUGUAUUUCAACCAGUCACCCGCCAAGGACAUUGCACUGGCAAUGGUGUCCAUGCGACCGGUCCCGCUCGGACCGAUGAUGGAGAAGCUGUCGUUAACGGCAGAAAGGUACGGGAAGGGCCGGAGAUUCUACGUGCAGACGCUCGACGACAGAGCGCUCUCGCCGGACGCUCAAGAGACGGCGGUGAGAGAGAAUCCUCCCGAAGGGGUUUUCAAGAUCAAAGGCAGUGACCACAGCCCUUUCUUCUCCAAGCCUCUCUCCCUCCACAAGAUUCUCCUUGACAUCGCUCAGAUUCCUUGAUACAGAAUCUUGCAAGAUUCUUAAUACUCACAGGAUUAUUACACAGGGUUCAUACCGUAAAAUAUCAAAUUCAAAAGUAUUUAUUUUUUGGAAAAAAUGUAAACUUUUAUUCACGAGCGAAAUUGGUGUAUGCUUUUA